GAGCAAUCACAAACAACCAACAUAAUUUCUAUGUGGACCCAAAUCUCUCUUUUGUAUCCCCUCCACACUAGUGAACUUUUUUCCCGGGAAAAAAAUAAAAGCCUCUUGCUUUUGGCUUUUUGCUUUUGGGGAAAAACAAAUUGGUUUCGGAGAAAUAAAGAAACCGACUUUUUUCAGAAGCAAAAUGUGGGUUUAUGGAUGCAUUGCUUCAUAGUCAGCCGUACCACUUUUCUGCAAUUUCUCUUUAGAAUUUCGAUCAAAAUAGUUUGCUUUUUUGCCACCAAUUUCUCUGCCAUUUCUUUUUCACCCCAGAAAGUUUGGAUUUUUUUUUUAAAUAAUCGUGGGUGUUCGGUGGGAAGGAAAAGGUUGUGAAGCUGCUGCUGACUCGCAUGAAUUCAAGGUUCAAUUUUUUAAUCGGAAGAUUAAGGAUUUGGGGGUGUUUGAUUUGAUUAAUGGGUCUUACAGUUCAUACCUCGUCACCAAAACGCGUUGCGCCACCGCCUUGAUUUAUUUAUUGCGUGAUUUCUUUCUUCUGGUGUUGUCGUAGUCGUCGGCGUUGCUUAUUACUGUCGCAAUCGGAUCUGCUUUGGUUUCUCAGUCAGACAUUCUCUUUCCUGUCGCUUGGAAUCUUUGUUCAUCUGUUUGGUUGCCGAGAAAUUACGAACAAGAAAAGAUCAGUUGUUGAUUGUGAAAGAUUCGAUCUUUCGUUGUUAGGAUUGGACUUUGUGCUAUUUGUGCAAAGAAGUUCGUGGGUUUUGAGGUCAUUGAUUACGAAAAAUUGUAGGAUCUUUGUGGUGUUUUGCAUUAGUAUGCUAUUGAGGAAAAAAGAGUUAGAUAGUUUGAAGGUCUUGGGCCUCCGGCAAACACAGCGGUGAGGUAGUUAUGGCGUCCGGAGAUAGGCGUCAGCAUCAUAAUAUGGUGCCUCUGGCUGCAUUGAUCAGCAGAGAGCUGAAGAGUGAGAAGAUGGAGAAGCCAACUGUCAGAUAUGGGCAUGCAGCUCAAUCCAGGAAAGGGGAGGAUUAUUUCCUGAUCAAGACUGAUGGUCAGCGAGUACCCGGGAAUUCUUCAUCAGCAUUCACCGCAUUUGCGAUCUUUGAUGGGCACAAUGGAAAUGCUGCAGCAGUAUAUACAAGGGAGAAUUUGUUAAAGCAUGUGUUGGGUGCUAUUCCCCGUGGGCUAGGAAGGGAGGAGUGGCUCCAAGCUUUACCUCGAGCCUUGGUUGCUGGGUUUGUGAAGACUGACAAGGAUUUCCAGAGCAGAGGUGAAACUUCUGGAACAACAGCUACCUUUGUAAUAGUUGAUGGAUGGACCGUGACAGUUGCAUCAGUAGGAGACUCCCGUUGUAUCUUAGAUACUCAGGGUGGUGCCGUUUCCACCUUAACUGUUGAUCACAGACUUGAAGAAAAUGUAGAGGAGAGGGAGCGUGUUGCUGCAAGUGGUGGGGAAGUUGGGAGGUUGAGCAUUGUUGGUGGUGCAGAGAUUGGUCCCCUCCGUUGUUGGCCAGGGGGGUUAUGCCUUUCUAGGUCAAUUGGAGACAUGGAUGUUGGGGAGUUUAUAGUUCCAAUACCAUAUGUGAAACAAGUCAAGCUAUCAAAUGCCGGUGGGAGGCUUAUAAUUGCUUCGGAUGGCAUCUGGGAUGCUAUAUCUUCCGAAAUGGCAGCACAGUCUUGCCGUGGGUUGCCAGCUGAACUAGCUGCCAGACAAGUUGUGAAGGAGGCAUUAAGGUCAAGGGGUCUAAAGGAUGAUACAACCUGCAUAGUUGUUGACAUAAUCCCUCCUGAUACUACGGUAGAGCCUUCACCUCCGCCAAAAAAGAUUAACAAGUUUAGGACCCUGUUUUUCAGAAAGAAAUCGUGUGCUUCUGCUAAUAAACUAUCCAAGAAGCUAUCGGCUGUGGGUAUUGUGGAGGAGUUAUUUGAAGAAGGGUCUGCUAUGCUUGCUGAAAGGUUGGGCAGCGAUGAGUGCACACCACAAUCAACAUCUGGGCUGUUCAUGUGUGCUGUAUGCCAAGUUGACCUUGCACCGAGCGAGGGCAUAUCGGUUCACGCGGGUUCUAUCUUCUCAACCAGUUCAAAGCCUUGGCAAGGGCCGUUCCUCUGUUCUGAUUGUCGUAACAAGAAGGAUGCCAUGGAAGGAAAACGCCCUAGCGGAGUCAGAGUAGCAUAGGUAGCUUGUGCAUUGUUUCGCCACCAUUCUUUUAACCCUUUAGUCCCUUUGUUUGGUAAUCCGUCUUCGUAGGCCAGCCAAUAUUGUUUGAAUCUUUACUUUAGUGAUACAUGAAAUGUAUAUGUAAAUUUGAUAAGUAAUUUGGAAUGAGUUGUAGAAGUUGAGGAAGGUCUUGUGCAAGGAAACCUCUUUCGAGUCUA